AUGGAGCUCUCUGGGACGCUGAUUUUGGGGGGAUUGAUUGUUGUUCUGGUUUGGCUGGUGGGCUUGAAGAGUCACAGACGGUGGUCUUUACCUCCUGGACCUACAGCUCUGCCCAUCGUGGGAAAUCUACUGGUUCUGGACAAAAAAGCUCCCUUCAAAACUCUGCUGGAGUGGAGUAAGAUAUAUGGACCUGUGAUGACUGUGUACAUGGGACCGUGGCGUGCGGUGGUGCUGGUUGGAUAUGACACAGUGAAGGAGGCACUGGUGGACCAGGCAGACGACUUCACUGGCAGAGGACCCAUUCCCUUCCUGGUCCGAGCUAACAGAGGAUAUGGUUUAGUGAUCAGUAAUGGGGAGCGCUGGCGUCAACUGAGACGCUUCACCCUGACGACUCUGAGAGACUUCGGGAUGGGACGUAAAGGGAUGGAGGAGUGGAUCCAGGAGGUCAGCAGCCAGCUGAUCGAUCGCAUCCAGUCCACCAACGCAAAGCCAUUCGAUCCCACCUUCUUCCUCAGCUGCUCUGUGUCUAACGUCAUCUGCUGCAUGGUGUUUGGCGAACGCUUCAGCUACGAUGACGACCAGUUCCUGCAACUCCUCCAGAUCACUGCAGACACCAUUAAAUUUGGCAGCAGCCCCUGGGGUCAGCUGUACAACAUCUUCCCUGGACUGAUGGAGUGGCUGCCGGGUCGACACAACAAAGUAUUUGCUGAUAUUGAAAAGAUGAGAGGCUUUGUCUUGACAAAGAUUCAGGCUCACCGGGAGACACUGGACCCCAGUUCACCCAGAGAUUACAUCGACUGCUUCCUCAACAGAAUCAGCCAGGAGAAGGACAAUCCCACAACUGAGUUCCAUGAAGAUAACCUGGUGUCCACGGUGUUGAAUCUGUUCCUGGCAGGAACUGAGAGCACCAGCUCCACCAUCAGAUAUGCACUGAGUGUCUUGAUCAAAUACCCCAAAAUACAAGAGGCGAUGCAGCAGGAGAUCGACACUGUGCUUGGACAGAAGCGUUCCCCUCGAAUGGAGGACAGGAAGUCCCUCCCCUUUACAGAUGCGGUCCUCCAUGAAAUUCAGCGUUUUAUGGACAUUGUCCCCAUGGGAGCCCCUCACUAUGCUCUCAGUGACAUCUCCUUCAGGGGUUACACCAUUCCCAAGGACACUAUAAUCCUUCCCCUGCUGCACUCUGUGCUGAAAGAGGAGAACCGGUGGGCCACGCCUUGGUCUUUCAACCCGCAGCACUUCUUGGACCAGAAUGGCAACUUCAAGAAAAACCCUGCGUUCCUUCCAUUCUCUGCAGGAAAGAGGGCUUGUGUUGGAGAGUCUCUGGCCCGCAUGGAGAUCUUCCUCUUCAUGGUGUCACUGCUGCAGACGUUCACCUUCUCGUCUCCUGGAGGACCUGACAGCAUCGACCUCAACCCCGAGUACAGCAGCUUCGCCAAUGUGCCUCGCAGAUACCUGAUCACAGCAACGCCCCGCUGGGAGUGAACUUUCAAUUUUGCUGAAAUGCACAUGGACCUUUAGUUUUUAUUUUGAUCAAAUAGUAUGCCACAAUUACAUUACAUUGAGUUUAUGAUUCUACAUCAAAACAAGUACUCAGGGGAAUUCCAUAACCUUCUAAUGUCUGGAUUCAAAUUCAUACAAUGUAUGUUCGUAUUUCUGUGAUUUUGACUUCGUGAAUGUGUAAUGCUGGUAAAUCUCUUGUCAGAAUCCCAGUGGCUAACAUAAUGAGUGGUGUAUAGCUAAAAGCCUCACUUCUUUCUGGUUUCUGGUGGAUUUGGAAUGUUCAGAUUUAUGUCUGUAAAUGAUCUCUGAAGUGAGGUUGUGAGAAGCACACAUUGCAGAUCACUGGAGUUAUG